GGUGGGGUGUAGCGUUUAGAGGAAAAAGGUGGUUGGCUGCUUGGACGAAUGGGAUGGGUUGGAUCAUCCAUCCAUUGUGAAAAGCAGUUGAAUAGUCAUAGCCACAGCUUCACAAGGCGAAUGAGCCGAAUCUGUAACCUCCCGAGCAUAUACCCAGUUUCCACCUAGCAUUUUCCCACGUCGUAGUAUAUACCCAAUCCGUCCCUAGUGGCGGUAUUCCCAACCUCGAGCCAAACCUCCACCUAUCAGCCCCGAUGUGGUGGUGGCGUCUCCAUCAAACUCCAUCCUCUUCAUUUGACAAAACCGUUGUUGCUGACUUGCCUCUCCACAUUAUAAAACACUUCACGUGAGAAGCUGGAAAGCAACGGAAGAAUAAGAAGAAUAAGAAGAAGAAGAAGAAUAAUGCUCGAGUAAUUCGCUGCGUGAUCGAUCACCCAUCCAUCCACCAGAAAGCAAGAGGAGACGCAGAAGCUGAAGCUGAAGCAACGGAAAAGAAAAGAAAGGAAAGACGACGCCUUUGAAUCAUCUCUGCCCGAGUGUGCUGAUUCGAACAUCAUACACAUCAUUCAUUCACUCACUCGCCCACCCAUCCGUCGCCAGGCAAUCUUAUAUGUCUGCAUUUCACAACGUUCAUUAUUACGCAACUUGUUAAUACAUCUACGUCUACGUCUGCGUCUGCGUCUGCGUCUAUAUUCGCACUCACAUUCACAUCUACCGGGUACAUCAACCACUUCAUCAUUUGGGAUUUGUCUCCUCCUCUGUAUGUCUCUCUCUGUGAUAUCGUCUAUAUCAUCCCAUCAGAUAUAACAACCUCAAGGACAAGCCUUGUACUUAACUUCCCUCCCGACCCCACCUUUUUCCAGUACCACUCUCAAAUUUCGAUUUUCUAAUUUUCUGUCACAAAAGCGAAAGAAAGCAAAAGCAAAAGCAAAAGCAAAUCGAGUUCCCUCAUAACUCACGAAUCCGUCGAAGCGGCACGUCUUUGGAUACUGGCAAAAGCUCAAGACGCUCCUUCCAUUUCCUGAUAUUAUAUCUCGCAAUUCCUUUUUUGGCCCCGAGAGAAUACAAUCUAUUAAUGUACAGUUGCACUUUCUUAUUCGAAACGAGAUCAUUUGUUGCACAUAACAGCUUGAGGGUGCCGACUGUCUGACACCACUACUACUGUACUAAAGUCCUUUCUACUCGUAACCGCCAAACCAACAACCAUUCUGGCUUGUGAAAGCUAAAAGAAGUUUGUGAAUUUACAAGAGAGUCCUCACAAUUAUGCUGAAGACGGAUUCUUCAAAUAAUCAUGCCUUCGAGAACAAAACAGCUAGGGAACCCGAUCGCGACCGCAGUGUGCCCCUUCGCCCUGCAGACUUGUCAAUCCCGAAAAACAGAAGCACUGGAAACCUCCUCGCACAUCCCUCGGCAGGAGCGGACAGGGCUAGGAUACGAUUCUCUUUUGAUGACGGGCUAGCGGCGGCAGAGUUUGAUAUAAUGUCGAGUUCUAGAUCGCCCAUCGUAACGGAACAUGAGCAUGGGCUCGGUGCUUCGGGUCUAAGACGAAUUCGACAACAAGUUCCGAGAGUACCAGUUUUGCCUGCCUCCGAAAGCUCUUCCCGAGCGCCGUCCAUGAGUGCCCGGUCGAGUUCAAUGACCCUUCCCUUUCCUGGCCGAGCAGCCUCUGUAGCCAUGCCUUCUGGACCAUCGUCUCCAAUCCUACCGUUCACCGAAGAUCUUACCCGUUUUCCAUCUGAAUCAUUACAUUCCUUUUCUUUCGCCCACCAAUCGGACGAGUUUAUUCACAACCGUCAAAAUGUCUUGAAGAGGUCCGUCGAGUUCAUGUCACAAAAACUGGGCUGGGGAACAACAAGUGCAGGCAUAGCCAGUGCUCAAGCAAGAAUAAAUGGAGACGCGGAGAUGCAAGGCAUGCUCGAGCUUUUGGCAAAAGCCAGAUUGGUUGGAGCGAACAACAUUGGAGCUGGAGAAGAGCAGAGAAUGGGAGGUCCUCUUACCGGACCGGCGACGAGUCAGGAUUCUCGGAAUAUCUUCGAUGCUAGCUUUGCCGUACGUUCCGAAAGUCCAGAGCCAAUGGAGAGCUCUCCGCCUUCACCCACCAGCUCGAAAAAAGUGACAAGCUCAUUACAUACCUUACGCGAAGAUGAUCUACAGUCCACCGAACCCAAAAAUGGCUUAGCAACAGCCCUACCAGCGGAUUCUGAACCUUCAUCUAGGACUCCGACGAACGAGAGUCGAACGACAGCGCAAACAUCCCCACCAGUCACGAGACGCCAAAGUCUAAAGCGAACUUACACUGAUUUGGAGCCUUUAAGCUUACAAAACAAGCUAAUGGAUGCUAUGUCGCAACCUUACAUAGCUACUGAUUCCCUCCACGAAUCUAUGUUUUCUCCUCCACUAACACAGACCACCAGCGCCUCGACAUUUGGACAUUCUUUAGGAUCAGCAAAUCACAGUCAUUCGAGUAGGUGGGCACCUGCUGCACAAGCUAUCUUUACCACGGAAAGUACUUCGCCAUACACUAUUUUGGCCGCCAACGACCUUGCCUGUCUCGUAUUUGGUGUUACAAAAGCAGAAGUUCGCAAAAUGGGUAUUCUUGAAGUUGUGCAGAAAGAAAGAAGGCCAUGGCUGGAGGAAAAAUUAAGCGCACACAGCUUCAGUACCGAGGUUGGGAAACAGACUCCCCUAUUAUCACAGAAUCAAGAUCAGCAAUCAAGCUCAACAUCAACAUCAACCACAUCAAUGCUGCUUGGACGGCCUGGUGGUAUCACGGCUAGCCUCUUGAGUAAACCUAAUUCGCGUCAAGUACAGAAGCCUCCCCGUCGAGCGCAAACCGACGAUGGUGCAGGUUCUAGUCUUGUUUCGAGAACACGAGCAGCAAAGAGCGGCUCAAAUCAUCAAAGUAAUAAAUCUAGGGGCGUUCUUUUAUGCGGCGACGUCGUACCUAUUGAAAAACGAAACGGCGCAACAGGUUCGGCAAGCUUGUGGGUCAAGGAGAAGAGAGGUGGCCUCAUUUGGGUUUUGGAAGAGAUUCACGAAGAUGUAGCCAUCAUCAGCCUUGACGACGAUGCUGUCAUAACAAAAAUAUCUGGAUCUAUCGAAGCGAUAUGGGGCGCCGACAUUGAAUGGACAGGUAUGGAUAUCGGGAAACUUUUACCAAGACUUCCACGCCAGGGAAUUGACGGCAGGAGCGGAGAGAUUGAUUAUGCCGAAGUCAGCAAACGAAGAUAUUUUACCGCUCGUACCUCUGGACGUGUUCAUAUCCCGGCAGUCGUCGACAGAGUUCCUAGUAGCACGGAUCUCCGCGUUUCCAGCUUUCCUCAUAUUGCUGGCAUCAUGGUUCUCUCUGCGCAAACCUUGAAAAUCACGAGUUCCAAUUCCGUUUUCUCUGCUGCAUUAUUUGGGCAGGAUAAACCCGAUGGUCGAUUGAUCACUGAUUUAAUACCCGAUUUCGAUAGGAUGUUGAAGAUUUUAGUUGAGGAAGAUGGUGUAGAUAUGGUUGACGGGAUUGUUAUUCCUGAACACAGCUUUAGAAGGGCUCAAGCCUUUCUUGCACUGCGGGAUGGAAAGGCUGAUGCAUCAACAUAUUUCUUGAGGCCAGAUGGAUUAUCAGCCAAACAUAGGGACGGUUCAGAACUCAAGAUUGACGCUCAACUUAGGGUUGUAAAAUCGGAUCCCAAAACCCCCGCUUACGAUGAAAACGUGAUCGAGGAAAUAAGUGACGAGGAAGAUGGACAUACGCCCCACGAACCUGUAAUAAAAUCCGAACUUGUCUUCGCUUUAUGGAUUACAUACUCAAGGAAUAUUCACGCCGCAAAACUUGCUAAUGGUAUGGAAACUCCCUUGUUGGCUGGGCUUGAAACACCAUUACACCAACCUUCUCCAGGUCAAACAGGACCUCCAGCUCCCAUCAAAAUGGAUUCUUCAGAUUCCGACGAGCCCAAGAAUGAAACAUCGCAUGCUUCGAUGCUCACAGCACAGCUCAAGGCCGCAGCAAAGAAAACAGCGGCUAAGCUUACAGGUCGCGAUCGGUCAUACUCGAAAGCUCAAGAGAAAGAAAAGCCAGCUGCUCCAGCAGAGGUCAAAGCUGUUGUCAAGAAGAGCAUUGAUGAUUUUACAAUAUUGGAAGAAAUGGGUCAAGGAGCCUAUGGUCAGGUAAAACUUGCUCGAUUCAAGAAGAAUGGAAACAAUAAGGUGAUCCUCAAAUAUGUCACAAAGAAGCGAAUUCUUGUCGAUACUUGGACUCGCGAUCGCCGACUAGGAACCGUGCCUCUUGAAAUUCAUGUACUCGAUUAUUUGCGUCGGGAUGGGCUUCAGCACCCUAAUAUUGUGGAGAUGUCUGAUUUCUUUGAGGAUUCCGUCAAUUAUUAUAUCGAAAUGGUACCUCACGGAUAUCCAGGAAUGGAUUUGUUUGAUUACAUUGAGCUCAAAGUUAACAUGGAGGAAAAGGAAUGUCGCAGCAUCUUCGCACAGGUUGCACGUGCCAUUCAUCACCUUCACACCAAGGCUCUUGUCGUUCAUCGCGAUAUUAAGGAUGAGAACAUAGUCAUCAACGGUGAAGGAAGUAUUAAGCUCAUUGAUUUCGGAAGUGCCGCUUACAUCAAGAGCGGUCCUUUUGACGUCUUCGUAGGAACCAUUGAUUAUGCUGCACCUGAAGUUCUCUCUGGCAAACCAUACCAAGGAAAACCACAAGAUGUCUGGGCUCUUGGUAUUCUUCUUUACACCAUCGUGUAUAAAGAAAAUCCAUUCUACAGUAUUGACGAAAUCAUGGAUCGUGAUCUUAGAGUGCCUUAUGUUAUGAGCGAAGAAAGUAUUGACCUAAUCCGAGGUAUGCUAAAUCGGGAUGUUGAUUCGAGAUUGACUAUCGAGCAAGUGAUGGACCACCCUUGGUGUGUGGAGGCAGAGGACGACGAAUAAGCCUCAGGUUUCACAUCGAGCGGUAGAAUCCACUAACGCUAUGCGCCAAAAAAUAAACUAACAACAACAACGAAACUAAACAUGGAGGAUAUGAAGAAAAUAUUUUGGUCAUAUCGAAACAAACAGAUGAAGAAAUACACGAAAGAGAAGAAAUACUUAGAUUUCAUGAUGUCAUGAAAAGAGAUACCCCCUUAUGGAAAGGAAGACACAGUUCAGAGGUUUGAUUUAUUAGCGAGAAUCUGAAUCUAUAUCACAUGGGGCAUUGCUUGGGGGUGUCAUUUUCGGAUUGUUUUUCGUUGCGCAAUUUUAUAUGAUGGGGAUUUCAAAGGGUAUUGCAGAUGGGAUGGAUGGGCGGGACGAAAGGAAAUGGAAAUGAGCGGGUAUGGGGAAAAAGGGAACCGUGUUGGAGAUGAAAGAGAGGCGGAUAGGGGGCGAUGAUUCGACUUGGUUGGAACUGAAAAUGUGGCUGUAUUGUAUAUAAAUGAUGAUGAUGACGCCAAUCUAUCUAUUAGAUCAGAAAGAAAAUUGAAAAAUAUAAUGAGUGUAAUUGAUUGUGGAUGGAUUAAUCGACUGUAUAGCUUAGUGGCUUUAAUUUUCAAGGGAAUUUGAGGAUAAGAAUCUCGCGAUUUUUUUCA